AGAGACGCCUUGUCCCAUCCCCGCCUCCCACCGCCGAGCGCGGCGUGACCCGAGCCCGGAUCGGCCCCCUCGGCGAGGCGAGGCGGCGGGACGGCAGCGGGAGCACCGGUACCGCCAGUCCCACCGCCGGCAGCAGCGGCAGCGCAGUAGCAGCGGCCCCGGCAGCGGCAGCGGCUCCGCUCCCCACCUGCCCGCGGCGGAGGCUGGAGCUGCGAUCGCCGCGGAGCGGCGGCUGGUGCCCGCGGCCCGGAGCCCCUGCGCCGCGGCCGUGCGGCGCCGCGUCCCGCUCGCCGAUGAGCGCCGCCACUCUCUACAGCCUGGAGUCCCCGGCAUGUUAUAAGAGCUGGUGCCUGGAGCCCGCCAACUUCUACGACGCCAAGGUGGGCAGCGGCGGCGGGCCGGGUCCCGCCUGCAAGCCGGGGGGCCGCGGCGGCUGCGGGAUGAGCGGCGAGGAGGCGGGGGGCGGCCUGGGGGGCAGCGGCACCAACCUGGCGGAGCUGAGCGCCGCCGCCCCGGCCAUGUACGAGGACGAGAGCGCCAUCGACUUCAGCUCCUACAUUGACUCCAUGUCGGCCGUGCCCAACCUGGAGCUCUGCAACGACGAGCUCUUCGCCGACCUCUUCAACAGCAACCACAAGCCCGAGCGGGGCGGGGACUACGGCGAGUACUUGCCGCCGGGCGGCGGCGCCGGCCGCGACCCCGCCAAGGACCUCGGCGCUGCCAUGACCACCCUGCUGGGCGCCGAGCCCCGCACCGCCUCCUCCUCCUCCUCCUCCUCCUCCUCCUCUUCCUCCUCCUCCUCCUCCCGCGGCGCCCUGAAGCAGGAGCCGGACUGGAGCGACAGCGACCUCUCCUCCUCGCUGCUGCCCUCGCAGAUCGCCACCUGCGCGCAGACCAUCAUGAACCUGAGCGGGCAGCCCACGCCGCCCACCUCCCCCGAGCCGCCGGGCAGCAGCUCCCCCUCCAGCUGCAGCACCCGCUCCCCGGGCCCCGCCGGCCCCGGCUCGGCGCAGGGCGCCCCGCCACCGCCGGCCGCCGGCGGGAAGGAGCGCGGCGGCAAGAAGUGCGUGGACAGGUUUAGCCCCGAGUACCGGCAGCGCCGGGAGCGCAACAACAUCGCGGUGCGCAAGAGCCGCGACAAGGCGAAGCGGCGCAACCAGGAGAUGCAGCAGAAGCUGCUGGAGCUCUCGGCCGAGAACGAGAAGCUGCACAAGAAGAUCGAGCAACUCACCCGAGACUUGACCAGCCUCCGGCACUUCUUCAAGCAGCUGCCCAGCGCCUCCUUCCUGCAGCCCGGCUCGGGCACCGACUGCCGGUAACCGGGGGGGAGCGGGACGGAGAGACGGACUCCGGGAGACCGUGGAUAAAUACCUCAGAGGGCCGAGCCGUGGCCGGGCCGAGCCCUGACGAGCCGUGGCCGGGACGGGCCGCGGCGCCCCGGGCCGGGCCGGGCGCGGGGGAGGAGGCGCGGAGCCGCGGCGGGACCUGCCGGCGCUCGCUGAGCGUUGUAGCGGCGUGGGGCGAUGCCUGGGUCUUUCACCACGAAACUUGCAAAAAAAAAAAAAAAAAAAAAAGAAAAAGCUAAAUAUUAUUUUUUUCUUCUCUCCCCUUAAAUUAUUUUUGUAAUGGUAGUUUUCGUCUUUUCUACAUUUUACUCCUACCGACGCAGCUAUGGUACAUCUGUUAAAAUGAUUCAAACCCCCAUGUAUUUUAGACAGCCUAUAGGAUGAAAAAAAAAACCCCAAGACUGAGCAUGCUCGACCUUUUAUAUCAAUUUUUACAGCAUUUCUAAGAAUAAAAACCCCCAGCAUUUUAAAUCAA